CGGCGCUGAGAAGAUGGCGGACCGGGCGGAGCUGUUCUCCCUCGCCACCUUCCACGCGCUCUCCCCGCCGGGCUGCAGGCCCCCGCAGGACAUCAGCCUGGAGGAGUUUGACGACGAGGACCUCUCGGAAAUCACAGAUGACUGUGGCAUUGGCCUGAACUAUGACUCGGACCAUUAUGAGAAGGACGGCCUGGUGCUGGAGCGCUGUGAGCAGCCCCACCCCAUCUGCACCUUCUCGGAGGAUUUCCAGGAGUUUGAGAUGAUCGAUGACAACGAGGACGAGGAGGAGCCGGAUGGGACCGGACUGGACGUGCCUCCCUCGCCUUCGGCCUCCCCCAUCCCCUCGCCCAGCACCGAGGAGACGCAGAAACCCCGGCCCAGCACCCUGAGCCUGAGCGUGCCGGGGGCCCAGGACUCCCUGAACAACAACGGCAGCUACCCUCCUCCCUCCCUUGCUCAGCGGGCCACCUGGCAGGAGAGCCUUCUCCACUCCUCCUCCUCCUCCUCUUCCUCACACACUGGGCACCUGUCUCCUUCUCACCCUUGUGUCCAAGACGGCCCCUGCUUGGACAGUCAGAACGGCCUGGGGCUGACCCCUGAGGAAACAGGGCAGGCCCAGACUCAGCUCAAACCCUCCUUCUAUGACUUGGAAGGCAACAGACAUGGGUCUAGGGCAUAUGGUAACCAACCGCCAGAGAGAGCCGGGGAAGAUUAUAAUAUGAAUAUCAUCUCCUCUGCACCAUGCUCACCACAUUCCCCAUCUCAUCUCCGCCAGUCGUCUCCUAAACAGUCUCUCUCUCCAACAGGGCCUGCUGCUCCUCCUAACAUAGCCACUCAUUCGGAAGCCAGCAAGGAACCCCAGACCUGCGAAGCCAACUCCCGGCAGCCCAAAGCCGAAAGCGACUGUGCGAAGCUCAAGACCGAGGCAGCCAGCGACAGGAAAGGACAAAAGCCCAGUAAGAAGGGUCCCCCUGCAGAUGGUGCUGGAGGGGGAGCAGGCCUGGCUCUUAGUCAUGGCUCCCCCAUCGCCCUCCUUGGCCAGUCCAGCACCCCAUUGUCUGAGGAAGAGCUGCCUAAGGGCUAUGGAGACAGUGAAGUUGGAGUCUUCUCUGAUCGGAGCGAUGGGGAAGUGGGGUGCACUCCGGGUGCCUACGUCUGCCUGAGGGAGCUGACAGAGCAGCUGAGCUCUGAAGGGGAGGGUCCCCACUGCAGUAGGGCCGCCAGCAUGCGUGGGCUCCCUUCAGGCUCCUCUGAGACCACGUCUCCGUCGUCCGACCCGGGCAUUGAGGCAGAUCUCACCAGCAGGAACUCAAAGCAGUUCCUGCCCCGCAGCCGGCACAGUGACGACCUCAGCUCCCCAGGUUCUGACUCAGAUGUGGAGGGGGAAAUCGAGGCUGCUUUUGCUUGUGGUGGCCGCCUGGUCAGCAACAUGAUUUCCUCCAUCUCGGAGACGGAGCUGGAUCUGAGUAGCGACAGCAGCAGUGGCAGGUCCUCCCACCUCACUAACUCCAUCGAGGAGGCCAGCUCCCCCACCUCAGAGGCUGAGCUGGAGACAGAGCUUGAAGGCCAGGGGCUCAUGGGCAUCAAGGACUCCCUGCUGCUGGAUAAGUGCAAGGAGGAGGAGGAGGUGACCCUGGAGGGGGAGCUGCCGGAGAGCCACUUGAGGGACAGGAACAUGGUCAGGAGAGAGAGCCUGGCCGACCUGAAGAUGGAGGGUUAUUACGACACCUUGAACCCGGAGGACUCUUCCGCCCCCAUCGACCAGACAGAUGUGUCUGGGUCCAGUCCCCUGGAUCUAAAGAUUGACCCAGACCACAGCCUGGAGAGCAUCCGCCGCUCCUUCUACCUGCCCAUCGGGCCCAAACUCCUGCCAGAGGUGGACGAUGAGGGUAACAGCGAGUACGACUCUGACUCCGAGUCGGAGCCUGACCUGAGCGAGGACUCGGACUCACCCUGGCUGCUCAGCAACCUCGUCAACAAGAUGAUCUUGGAGGGCUCAUAUCCCCUCAAGUGCCCGGACGAGUGCUUCCAGCAGGCCCACUCCCUCUGCGACACCAUCUCCCCAGCCUCUGACCUGGAGCCCGAGAUUCUCAGCGAAUCCCUGGAUGUGCAGCCCAGCUUGCGGGACUCCCCAGGGAGCGAAGCAGAGCCGGCCAAGCUGUCCUGCUCCCAGCAAAGCAUCGAGCUGGUGGACAUGGAGACUCUGCGCAGCUCACUCCAGAGCGCCGAGGACGAGAAACCCACAAGCACGAGCCCUGCCACAGAGUCCUCACCUCCAGGAAGUGACUCGAGCCCUUAUUUAUUCAUGAGCAACCCAACCAAUGACACUAUCACACCAGUGUUCCUGGGGCACCCUCUCUCCAUCGACAGACUGGGCAGCUCGAGGGUGCUGGCAAACUUUGGCUGCUGCACGGGGCCCAUCAAAAGCUUCUCUUUCACCUCCCCCGCCAGCACAGAGGGCUCGGACCCAGCGUCCAGAGAACAGGGCCCACAGGUGGAGCGAGCAGCUGGGCCAGAGGAUUGGGCCAUCGAUAAGGACCUGGACUCGGGGAUCCUGGAGGACAAUGGCAUGAUCGAUGACAUCCGGUUAGAGAACUUGGGCAGGAACCCUGACGCCUUCCUGCCCCUGCUCGACGUCUCUACGGCCAAGACCAACCGGUGCUUUAACCUGACUUACUCCACAGACGAGGAUGACGUGCCCUAUUUCGGCAGCCUGAAGGGCUCCCCCUUCCACGAUGACCUGGAGAGCUUUGAGGAGGACCUGCCACUUCCUCUGCCCCCCAUGGCCCAGGAGCCACGGCCACUGGAUGAGUCCCUGGUCUACGACUCCAUCAAAUACACUCUGGUGGUGGAUGAGGACACGCAGCUGGAGCUGGUGAGCCUGAAGCGCUGCACCUCGGUGCUGAGCGACGACAGUGAGCUGCUGAGAGCCUGCGACAACUGCGACCUGGAGGAUGAGGAUGAGUUUGGGGAGGGGCUGACAGCACAGGACGGGCAGAGCUCCUCGGAGGACUCCUCCCCCGAAGCCGACCUCCAGUUCUCCAAAAAGUUCCUCAAUGUCUUUGUCAAUAGCACAUCCCGCUCCUCCAGUACAGAGUCCUUUGGGCUGUUCUCCUGCAUGGUGAAUGGGGAAGAACGGGAGCAGACUCACCGGGCUGUCUUCAGGUUUAUCCCUCGCCAUGAGGACGAGCUGGAGCUGGAUGUGGACGACCCAAUCCUGGUGGAGCUGGAGGAGGAUGAUUACUGGUACCGAGGCUACAACAUGCGGACUGGAGAGAGAGGCAUCUUCCCGGCGUUCUAUGCCCACGAGGUGGUGAGCCAAGCAAAGGAGGUCAUAGGGCUGAAGAGGAACCCUUCCUGGGUGGAGAGAUUCAACGUGCAGUUCCUGGGCUCUGUGGAGGUCCCAUACCAUCAGGGAAAUGGCAUCCUGUGUGCAGCCAUGCAGAAGAUUGCCACCACCAGGAAGCUGACGGUGCAUUUGCGCCCGCCGGCGACCUGUGACCUGAGGAUAACGCUGCAGGGCAUCAAGCUGAUCCUGACCGUGAAUGAGCACAACCGGGACGAGGAGUCUGAGCGAUGCAGCCACUUCUUCCAGAUGAAGAACAUCUCCUUCUGCGGCUGCCACCCCAGGAACAGCUGUUACUUCGGGUUCAUCACCAAACACCCCGUGCUCAGCCGCUUCGCCUGCCACGUCUUCGUCUCCCAGGAGUCCAUGCGGCACGUCGCCGAGUGUGUCGGCCGGGCGUUUCAGGAAUAUUACCAGGAGCACCUGGAGUAUGCCUGCCCCACAGAGGACAUUUACCUGGAGUAAGGGAGCAAGUCACUGCAUCUCCUGCUUCUUCCCCCCCACCCCCAUCCAGCCCCACAGAUGGCCAGAGACUCUGUCUGACCCCACAACCAGCCGGCUUGGACCCUCCUCCUGCACAUGCACUGGCCCCCCAACCCGACAGACUUGCUGCACAUCCUCACUGCUUCUCGCUGGGGCCCGGCGAGCCGACUGCUCCCUCCCUGAGCCGGCAGGAGUGCAGGCCUGUCCCAGGUGUGGGGCACCCCGCCCUGGCCUGGCGCCUUUCCGGCAGCUGCUGGGAGUGGUGCCCGGGGGCCUGAGGAGAGACUGCAUCUGCAGGGCACCUGCCUCAAUGACCAAAGCUAAGGCAGGGAGGGUGCAAGGGCUGGGCCAGGGCGGCUGCAUCCUGCAGCAGGCUCCCCUGGGGAGGGGCCGGCGGGGGAGGGAGAGAGCACAGGGAGUGGGGGAGGGGCCGGCAGGGGAAGGGGAGGGUGCAGAGAGUGGGGGAGGGGUGCCUGGCACAAAGGGGAGCAUGAUCUGGGCACCUGCCAGACUUACCUAAGGCAUCACCCCCCCCACAGCGCUGCCCUCCUGGCCAGAUCAUCCCUCAACCCCCCACAACAGCCCCGGGGCCGGCUCAUCCCCCACGACCCCCCCCCAAUGGACCCUGGGCCGGCUCAUCCCCCACGACCCCCCACAACGGCCCCUGGGCUGGUUCAUCCCCCAUGACCCCCCACAACGGCCCCUGGGCUGGUUCAUCCCCCACGACCCCCCCCAACGGCCCCUGGGCUGGCUCAUCCCCCAAUGGCCCCUGGGCCAGCUCAUCCCCCACAACCGCCCCCAAUGGCCCUUGGGCCAGCUCAUCCCCCACGACCCCCCCCAAUGGCCCCUGGGCCAGCUCAUCCCCCACG